GAGAGUUAGAGAGCUGAUCAUCCUAGUAGACUAGUUUGGAUCAACGAAACGAACCCUAACAGCUGAAGGGAAGGAAGAACCGAAAACAUGGAAGAAGCGUCGGAGAUGGAAGUGGAGGUGCAAAAUCGUCAAUCUUGUGGUUCGGGUCAAAAUGUGAAGAGAUUUGGCCUGAAGAACUCUAUUCCGACCAACUUCGGCUCUGACUACGUCUUCCAGAUAGUCCCAAAAGUCGAUUGGACAGCAAUCGCGGUGUCGUUAUCGACCAACACCGUGAAGCUCUACUCGCCGGUGACAGGUCAGUACUACGGCGAAUGUAAAGGCCACUCCGGCACCGUCAACCAAAUUGCGUUUUCCUCGGACUCGGCGGCGUCUCCUCACGUUCUGCACUCUUGCUCCUCCGAUGGGACCAUCAGAUCCUGGGACACGCGCAGUUUCCAGCAGGUUUCGUGUAUUGAUGCUGAGAAUGGUCAAAAGGUUUUCAGCUUCUCCUAUGGAGGUGCUGGAGACAAUCUUUUGGCUGGUGGAUGCAAAAAACAGGUUCUUCUGUGGGAUUGGAGAAACUCAAAGCAGGUUGCUUGUUUAGAGGAGUCCCACAUGGACGACGUCACUCAGAUAGGUUUCCUUGGGGAUUGCUAUCAAAAACUGUGGUGUCUCACCCAUAUAGAAACUCUAAGUAUAUGGAAUUGGCAAGAUGGAAGCUGUGAAGUCAACCUAGAGAAAGCUCGGGAACUUGCAUCUGAUAGUUGGAGUCAAGAUAAUGUUGAUUAUUUUGUUGAUUGCCACUGUCCAGGAGGUGAAGACUUAUGGGUGAUCGGUGGGACCUGCGCAGGUACCAUCGGUUAUUUUCCGGUCAAGUAUAAACGGCCAGGAUCAAUCGGUCCCGCAGAAGCUAUACUUGGUGGAGGACACAUAGAUGUAGUGAGGAGCGUUGUGCAGAUGCCCAGCGAGUAUGGAGGAGGAGCAGGGUUAUUCGGAUGGACUGGCGGUGAAGAUGGGCGCUUGUGUUGCUGGCUGUCCGAUGCCGACAUCAACCGGUCUUCUUGGACUUCAAGCGAGUUGGUCGUUAAGCCGCCCAGGAACCGCAUGAAAAACAGACACUCUCCUUACUAUUGCUUGCUUGAGAACCAUCCUCUUGUUAUUCUCUGUCUCCGGCGUAACGAACGGCGUCGUUGUACUUCUCCGACCAGUAAAACGCCGUCGGGAUCACUAGCUGCGCAACUUCCGGGAACAAGGGCACCCGAUUCAGCAACCGCCACAGGGCCGCUGCGUAAUACUCCGCCGCUGGCUCGUACUUGUCGCAGACGCUCCUGGCGAUGCUCUUCGUCGUAUCGAGGACGCCGGCGCGUUGCACCUCCGUCACCACCGAGAAGCUUGAAAGGAACGUCAUGGAAUCUGUCGUAUAACGGCGAGAGUACCGUUUCAACGGUAGCUUCUAUGUUCUCGACACCGAGUUUGAGAGGACCUGAGUUGUCCUUAGCGAACUCG